ACUAAAAUUUAUUAGCUCGAACAGCAAUAAUUACACAUAAUUACAAUAUAUUUUUUAAACCUAUAGCAAUUAAUAUAAUUAUACAUACACAAACAUAUAUAUUUUUUCCAAAUUUACCAUUAUAUUUUGCGAAAAAGUGUGCAAUUCAAAUAGAGUACGAAAAUGCGUGGCAACAUUCGCGAUUGUGAACCAACAACAUCAUGUCUGCGUCGUAAUAUUUAUCAUCUGCACGUGCCGCUGUUCGUCAUCGACACUAUACGACUAUUUCAGGAUCAUCCGAAAUUUCUGCGCGGCCUAAACGAGUAUCACAUUAUUGACAUGCUUAAGAAGGAGGGUUAUGCUUGUGGUGAUGUCGAGGCACAAGUGAAAAUGGCGCUAAAAGAGCUUUCCUCCAGCGGAUUCGUACGUUGCAUAAACAAUGGAUAUAGAACAUUGGGACCAUUUGCACGUCUGGCACUGGCGCGUACACCACGGCAGUUCAAUAUCGCAUGGGAUCGGCUUUGUGAGUUGCAGAAAAUCAGCACCACGAGCUUGAGUUCAUCGUGUAGCUCACGCAUUCCGUCUACAAUGUAAAAGAUUUAGAUAAAUAUAAUACGAAAGAAAGAGAGAGAGAGAGUGAGGGAGAGUGUGUGUUUAAGAGAGUACCACUUU